CGUCUGUUUGCUCGGCGACGCCCGUGUGCCCUCGCCGCCGUCGCCGUACUCGCCUGUGCGUUCCUCGCCUCCCCCAUCGCUCCGUCGCCGUCCUCAGGCCCAUCCUUCUCCUUCCGGCGACGAGUUGGGCGGCCCCCCUUUGCGCCACGUUCUCUUCCCUUCCGGCGAAAGCGGCUUCGAUCGGCCGGCACCUCAGUAUAUUUUGAGAAGAUGGAUUCUGAGGACUCUAGUGACUUUGAGGAAGAAGAGAAAGAGAAAGAAGAUGGUGAUGAAGAAGAAGAUGAUGAUGACGAUGAUGAGCUGAUGCUGUUCAUCUUGCCAGCUUUAUAUCUAGCAACUACUGAAAUUGAAACUCCAGGCCGAAAUCGAACAUCAAAGCGUAGUGCUGCUACUGGGAUUGUAACUACAGGUCAAGCAUCAGUGUUUGGUGAUGCAAAAUGGAUUUGCAAAUUGCUUGAAGAGGACCGGGGCCAAGGCUAUGGUAAACUUCGAGUUGAGCCUCGUAUUCUCCUGGAACUUUCACGCUUUCUUAGGUCAAACAAUCUUCUGAGAAAUACUAAGGGUGUUUCUGUAGAAGGGAAAAUUGGCAUGUUUAUUUACAUGUUAUCUCGAAAUGCUAGCUUUCACAAACUAAGUGACAGAUUCAAGAACAGUAGAGAAACUAUCCACAGACAUAUCAAGGCAUGCUUUGAUGCAGUCACAGCAAUGACUGGUGAAUUCGUCAAGCCACCUUCAACUCAAACCCAUUGGAAAAUAUCAUCUGAUCCAUGUUUUGGGCCUUACUUUGAGAACUGUAUUGGAGCAAUUGAUGGAAUUCAUGUCCCUAUGACAAUAUCAGAUAGUGAAGCAGCUCCAUACCGAAAUAGACAAGGAUCCAUUUCUCAGAACGUGAUGCUUGCCUGUGAUUUUGAUUUGAAUUUUGUCUAUGUUUCUUGUGGCCGAGAAGGGUCUGCAUCUGAUGCAGCAGUCUUAUAUUCUGCUAUUGAAUCCGGAUUUCAAGUCCCAUUAGGCAAGUACUAUCUGGUUGACGGGGGUUAUGCAAACACGCCAUCUUUUCUUGCUCCUUAUAUAGAUGUCCCUUACCAUACUGAGGAGAAAGAACAGGGCAAUUUGCAACCCCGAGACUACAGAGAGCUUUUCAAUCUUCGCCAUGCACAGCUGCGUGGACACAUAAAGCGUGCUGUUGGUCUGCUGAAGAUGCGAUUUCCAAUUCUAAAUGUUGCAACAGCUUACCGAAAAGAUACUCAACUGAAAAUUCCAGCAGCGGCAGUAGCUCUGCAUAAUGUAAUUCAGAGGCAAGGAGGUGAUGAAGAAUUUUUGAGUGACCAGAUAAUCCCAUUUGUGUCCCGUAAAGCUGUGACUCUUCCUAGUGGUGAUGAUACAUAUGGCUACGAUGUUGCAGCUUUCAACAAUGAAUGUGACAUGGGUAAUGCAUUGAGGGAUGGUAUUGCACAGAGGAUGUGGGCAGAUUAUGAAAGAAGCAUGUAUAUGUCUGUUUUCGGAAUAGAACAGUCUGGCCUAGAAGAAUGUCAAGAUCCUUGGCCCCAGAUGCACUUGCGGAUGUGAUGAACCAAGUUCUGAACCGUGAAUCAAGACUUGUUGUAUGGCUUCUGGUUGAUGAUGAAAGUAGUUAUGCCUUGUACUGAGCUGAUUCCCACCUGUAAGUUGGCAGGUUCACACACGACAUCUAUCAAUUAAAUUAGAUGUCUAAAAAUAUUUGUAUCUGGGAAUGCUUUUAACUGAAGAUUCAGUUCCUGUCGUACCUAAUUGAUAAUUGGGUGCAGGUAUCAGGAUUCUAUGUGGCCAUGGAGAACUAGAUUUCAAAAAAAAAAAAACAGCAGGUUAGCAGAACUCCUGAUGGUCUGAUGCACUAGGCGUUUUUAGUUCUGUUGAUUUCAGGUCCUGGCUGUAAAGUUCAGGUUAAUAUUAACUCAGCUCUAUGCGCCUCUCUGAUUAGCGUCUUGUGAGCUAGCUUUUUCUUAUGCAAGUAUGAGACUGUUGUCUCUAGUAAGAUACAAGGGAAGGUUAACCCUGAAGGCCUGAAUCCUUGUUUGGAGUCA